CGUGCGCUCGUCUGCUUUACGGCUCCCAACAUCAACACCACGGCUCACUACAGGCGCUCGACUCCACGCGACUUACUUAGCACACACAGCCAUGACCACCGAAUCAUACCCAAGAACAGUGCUCUACUGCGGAGUAUGCACGCUGCCACCUGAAUACUGCGAGUUCGGCGGCACCACCAAGAAGUGCGAGGAAUGGCUUGAGAAGAACCAGCCCGAGUUGCAUAAGAAGCUCUAUUCACAAGAAGCCCUCGAGCAAAACCUCUCCUCCCUCUCCCUCGAAGCCCAGAAACGCGCCGAAAAAGAUUCCCAAAAGAAAGCCGCCAAAGCCGCCGCCGCCGAAGCCCGCGAUGCCGAGACCCGGGCCUCCUCCAAAGUCCUCAUCAAGCGCAUUGAGCGCAACAAGCGCAAGUACGUCACCGCCGUGCAGGGCCUAGAGGCGUUUGGCCUCGACAUCAAAAAGGUCGCCAAGGACUUUGGCAAGAAGUUCGCGACGGGCAGCAGCGUGACAAAAGUGCCGGGCGGGGGCGAGGAGAUCACCGUGCAGGGAGACCUGAGCGAUGAUAUCCAGGAGUACAUUGAGGAGAAUUAUAAGAAUGUGCCGGAUGACAAUAUUGAGUUGGUGGAGGAUAAGAAGAAGAAGAAGGCGGAGCAGCAGGCGGUAUGAGUGUGGCAGUAGGGGUUGAGGGAAGCACGACAGGACUCACAGAGCACGAGUAGGCCAUCGACGGUACCAGGAGUGAGCAUGCACAGCAGGCCGUGGACUUGGAGUUGAAUAGUGUCAG